GGUGCUCGUUGGCAUAGAGUGUGUACAGUCCAUUUACACACGAGACGGAGACAGCAGCAGAAGCUACAAGACUGGAGGUCAAAGUUCACUGUGCGAUCAAACAAAGCGAGUGACCGAUACACUACAGCAAGGACCGAUUCAAUAAUACAUGCUUCUGAAAAGAACAACUGAUGUGGACCGGGUGUAGAAUACACUGCAAGUGGUGGAUUUGUACUAUACACUCACCGGGAGUCGAGGGAAAAACCUUAUGGGACACCAAAUUCUCCAUGCAUAACACGCGGCUGUAAACAAACACCGCCAAGCACGCACCGGAUUUAAACGAGGCAAGGACCACAUGAAAACAGCAUAGGGUUAUCAGUGUGAUAAACUGACCAAGACGGAGAACGCGGCACAGUCGCACCAUCCAUCUUUUAUGAGAGAUGAGCCCGAACAGAAAUUAGAUGACGUUAAGGAGCUGGAGCGGUGACAGGUAUAAUAACGGAUUUGACCGAUUGCAAUCUGCCAUUGUCGUGUCUCGAAGCAAACGACCAGACAUGGCAUCGACCGGUGGCUUGUGCUGCAGCGUAUAUCAGCGAUCUCGCCGCGUGGUUUGACCAAGAUAAAGGCAAUGGGAAAUAGGGGACAUUUCAGUUUCAUUAAUUCACGUUGUUGUUGCACUGGAAUUUUUUAACUUGUGUUAAAAACAUAUCGUUUGAAAGCAGUUAGUGACCCUAAGUGCUCCGAUCCUACUGAAAACUAUACACGCGCAACAUGACGCGGAGAAAAACAUGGCAAAUUUACGAAUGAAGCUACUAUGGGAAGUAUGGGCUAUAGGGGCAGUGCUACUUUGUGCGCCUAUUCCGGCCAGUGUAGGUCAGCAGAGGAAAUUAAUUUCAAUCGACGGAGAUGUGAUUUUAGGGGCUCUAUUCCCCGUCCACCGUCAACCUACCCAGAAGACCGCUUACACUCGUCAGUGUGGGGAGAUAUGGGAACAGUACGGGAUGCACCGUAUCGAGGCAUUUCUUCUUACGUUGGAUGCUAUAAACAACGAUACUACUUUACUACCGAACGUCACCUUGGGAUGCGACAUUCGCGAUUCUUGCUGGUAUCCGCCAGUGGCUCUUGAACAAAGCAUAGACUUUAUCAAAAACUCCAUCUCCGCGAGCAUAGAACCCCACGACGUUGAAAAUAUGACCCAAGAAGAGCACUGUGUCCACGAGGAAUCCCCCAAACCCAUCGCCGGACUCAUCGGCCCAGGGUCCAGCACCGUCACAGUUCAAGUCCAGAACUUGCUACAGCUGUUUAAUAUUCCCCAGAUAGGGUAUGCAGCGACCAGUAAAGAUUUAAGCGACAAAUCUCUGUAUAAAUAUUUUCUACGUGUUGUCCCUCCAGAUAAUUUACAGGCCAAAGCCAUGCUGGACGUGGUGUUAAAGUUCAAUUGGACAUACAUAUCAACUGUGUAUACUGAAGGGAACUAUGGUGCUAGUGGAAUGGAAGCUUUCACGGCAAUUGCCAAAAAAGCAGGACUGUGUAUUGCUACAGCCGAGAAAGUAAAGAAUAACGCAGAUUAUGAGUCUUACAACACCGUCAUCAGGAACUUAAAGGAAACACCAAACGCUCGCGUCGUCGUCUGCUUCUGUGAGGGCAUGACAGUAAAGGGUCUCUUGAAUGCCACGACGAGGUUAAACGCCGUUGGGGAAUUUCUGUUUAUUGGAAGCGAUGGGUGGGCGGUCAGGCCCGAUGUCGUGAAGGACCUGGAGGAGGCCGCUGCAGGCGGCAUGUCAAUACGGCUCCAUUCCCCGCCGUUAAGAGCCUUCGAUCAGCAUUACUUCAACCUCAGCCCAUUUGAGCCAAGCAGAAAUCCCUGGUUCCAAGAUUUCUGGCAAGAGAAGUUCCAGUGCUAUAUAAAUGGGGAGAACAGAGACAAAAGAUUCUCUGCUCCUUGCACAGGUUCUGGCGAAGAAGAUCUUAGUAUUAACUACGUCCAAGAUGCUAAGUUAGGGUUUGUUGUAAACGCUAUCUACACCAUGGCCCAUGCACUCCACAACAUUCACCAGCUCGUCUGUAAUGGCCGCCCUGGGGUCUGUCCCGGAUUCCUCCCUGUUAACGGAUCCAUUUUCCUCAGCCAUCUUAUUAAUGUGUCUUUCACAAACUACGCCAAUGAAUCUCUUUACUUUGACCAGAAUGGGGAUCCACCAGGAAGGUAUGAAAUUAUGAACUACCAAUAUUUCCAAACUCCAAACAGCACCGAAUUUAACGCAUCCUAUGUACAAAUUGGGGAGUGGCUUGACGGAAUUCUUGUACUGAAUGAAAGUAUCAUCCAGUGGCCGCAAAAUGAUAACACAAGCAGCCACGUUGAGUCAGCGUGUAGCCGACCGUGUCCAAAGGGGAAAGUGAAACAAUUUCUGGACGCGAGUGAGCGUUGCUGUUGGGCCUGUAUACCGUGCAAGGAAAAUCAGAUUCUUCUUAGCGAGUCUCAGUGUGAGAACUGCGCAAAAGGCUGGUGGCCAAAUGACGACUUAACGGUGUGUCUGCCGAUCAAAAUAGAGUUCAUGCAGUGGCAAAACACAGAGGCGGUGGUGGCCUGUGUUUUUGCAAGUGUUGGUACAGGAUUAGCACUAUUUACUUUGGUCAUCUUUUUCAAAUACAACAACACGCCUGUCGUAAAGGCCUCAACACGGGAACUUAGUUACAUCAUUCUCAUUGGCAUUGUACUAGCUUAUUUUACAACAUUUGCCUUGCUUGCCAAACCGUCCGAGACUUCGUGCUACAUUACAAGAAUCCUACCUGGCUUAGCUUUUUCAAUGAUCUAUGGGGCCUUGGUGACAAGAACCAAUCGUAUUGCAAGGAUUCUUGCUAGGAGUAAGAAAAAGAUAAUGACCAAAAAGCCCCGGUUUAUGGGAACAACGGCACAAAUAUUUAUUUCAAUUAUCAUUAUUAUACUCGAGUGUGGAAGCAUUAUUGCCACUCUAAUAUAUCAACCGGCCAACUCCACGCUUGACUAUCCAACACCAACGAGAGUGAAACUCGUCUGUAAUACAACGGUGCUGGGCAUCAUGGUACCCAUGGGGUUUGACUUCUUUCUCAUUGCAGCAUGCACAUUUUACGCCAUAAAAACGAGAAACGUCCCAGAAAACUUCAACGAAGCUAAAUUUAUCGGUUUCACAAUGUACACCACGUGUGUUAUAUGGGUGGCAUUUGUUCCCAUCUACUUCGGCAGCGAAUCCAAGGUUAUAACCAUGUGCAUGUGCGUUAGCCUCAGUGCGACAGUUGCGCUGGUGAUUCUGUUUUUUCCAAAGCUGUACAUUAUAUUGCUCAAACCACAUCGGAACAGCAGAAGCGCGUUCACCACCACCAAAGAUGUCAGGUGCCACAUAGGAUCCAGUCAGCAUACCAAAAAUUCAUUUGAUGAAAAGGUUUCAACCAAUUUCUUGAGGAGAUAUCGCUUUUCACUGGAUUCUCAUGAUACCGGCUCUCCGGGCACUGGGAACAGCCUUGACGAGCUCAAUAGACGUUCUGUCAUCGCUCAACUCGCCUACACCAUCGCCCGCAAGCCUGGUGCACAAUCCUCGGAUCAAGAGGGAAAACGUGGGGUACCAGAGGCGCCAGAUCCCAGCCGUUCUUUUCGUCUUUGGCGUCAAGACUCCAUUCACGUUCUUGACAAAGAUUUUUUUGCUAAGGACAAUAAGGAGAAAUCUGAUGAGCAAGUAACAGCGGAGAAUACAUAUUUAAACAGUCGGUCAAAACCCGCAGAAACCAAGGGGAAAAGCGAAUCGUGGAAGCGGAGAUUGGUAGAGAAAGAGGUGGAUGAGUUCCUGACCUCGUGCGAGUCCGAAGCAUCGAAUGGAUCCCUGGUGCCUGUAAGGCAGGAAACGAGCUGCCAGACGAGCGAUGAUUUAAUAGAAAGCUGGUUACCGGCUUUACGUCUACGUUUUCGUUCGUCUCAAAGAUCUCAGGGAGAAAGUCCAGUUACGAAGCAAUGGGAUUCAUUUAGAAAAAUCUCAGCAAAGCACCGUACGCAAAAUGAAUCUGAGAAUACCGAAGAAGGAGAGAGUGAAACCGCGCCUCUCUUAAAUAACUCUGUUGUAGGAGAUUCCAAGUCAGAAUACCUGCUCAAAGAUAAGGAAGGUAAAAAUUCCAAAGCUUACACGCCAUUUAUACAACGCCAGGAUGGUUUUGAUAUAAAACACAAUUAUCCCAUAAAUGAACACGAAUUGUCUAAUUUUUCUUCGUCCGAAAAUUAUCCUCUGCUAGGUCUCAAUGACAAUAGUCGCACAAAACCUACUGACGAUUCUAGCGGCAGUAAAGUAAAUCCUCCAAAAAAAGGGGAAAGAGAACCCAGUACGGUACCUAGACCAGACCAACUUCAUUCCCUAACUCACAACCCUUCUUAUCUACCUAAAACGCCUAAUAAAACUGUAACUGAAAGCGAAAACUGCCCUCUGCUAAGGAGCCCUGCGGAAGCAGUGCCUCAACGCUCUGUCGCCGAAAAAGCACCGGAGAAAACUACAAACGGCGGAACACCGCGAAAUCAACCAGUAACGCCUUUAACGCCGUUAAGUCCUCUGAGCACAACCAGUGAACACUCUACGAGGGGUAGUUCACCUCGCUCUCUCGAGGAAAUGUCAGUCCACGGACUUAAAUUAUUAGACGAAGAAGAGGACAGCGUUGAAAAAUUCCGUGAAUAUCUGCUGACUAAGGGGAUGGACAUGGAUAUGAGCGAAGUGCAAUCUAGUGAUGUUUGAUAUAUAUGCUUUUUAUUGUAAUAGAUGUUUUUGCAUGUUGAAAUACGAAUAAACAUUUGUUUUCUGAAGGGGUCCAAUAAAUUGUCUGAGUACAGUGAA